CCUGUCACAGAUGAACACUCUCCAAGUCCUCCUGUUUUUGUCUCUAAUUCUUGGAUCUACAGUGCAAGACGAGAAAGAAGUGGAGGUUGGAGAGGAUGCAACUCUUGAUUGUCAGGGUCCCCAUGAAGGGAACAUCUUAUGGGUAGCAUGGACCAAGAGUGACCUGAAAGCAGACGAUUACGUCUUUUUCUUUCGGGAAGAUCGUCUUUACAAAACAUACCAGCAUGAAUUAUUCAAAGGUCGAGUGGAGCUGGAAGACCCAAACAUGAAAAGUGGAAAAAUGUCCAUCAUUCUUCACAACAUCACUGUUAACGACGCUGGAACAUAUGAGUGCCACAUCUCAUAUGAAACAGACCACAGCCAGAGAUCUGAGAUGAAGCAGGAAACCAAGCUGAAAGUUACACCUGCAGUUCAAAGACAAGGAGCCAGGAAGGAAGGAGCAAAGAAGGAUGGAUCUGUUGGACUUUUAUCCGGUCUAUCAGUUUCCAGCCUGCUUCUCAUUGUUGCUGCUAUUGGAUAUUUGGUGUAAAGAAAACAGCAAAAGAGUCGGAACUUGGGCUGUGAUCAGGCUGAACGACAGAUGAACUGAUGGACAGAAAUUCAAUGAGUGUGAAACAUGUCCAGAACUUUCCCUGAAAGCCUUUGCACUGGGACAGGGGAAAAAAAGAAAACCCACUGACUAAAUGAUAAUGGUGAUAGUAUUUGGUGUUUUUGAGGAUCAGACUAACAAGACAAAAACUCUUGCACAUGAAUAUAUUACCACUUCAUAAAAUAGUCUUGUAAUUUGAUCCAUGUCCCUGAAGGCAACUGGAAUAUUUUGCACUUCUAAAGAGUGAAAAAAUGCUGCUGUAUUCAUGUGAGACAUCGACAAGAAGCUUGGCAGUAUCACACACGGUGGCGCAACAUUCAUGACAAACAUUUCAAUCAGCCGGCAGCAGGUGGAAACAUUCACAGAGGGGAUGACCCGGCUCCUGGAAGAAAAUCAAAUGAGCUUAUAUUGAGCUCCGGGCACGUAACAUGAAGGGAUUACUUAGUGUAGUCAGGCAUCCCAGAGGAGGCAGAUGAAGACCGAGAAUCAAAGGGUGAGACGGUUCAUCCGGGCUCACCUGAAAUUCCCGGAGAACACCAUAAAAAACAUCAGCUUCCAUCGUGCCCAUUUUCUGGGAGGGACGCGUCUGGACCAAAGUGACAAAUUUUGGGUCAAAAUUGAACAUCUUGAACAGAAAGAGGUAAAGAGCCUCGACGGGGAGCUGAGAGGAGCAGACUUCAGUGCUAACAACCAGUUUACAAGGAGAUCCUGGAGCGAAGCAAGGUCCUGUUCCUGAUCUGUCCUGAGCUGUCAUCAGGUCAGGUGAUCUGUGUCGACACAAACACCUCUUUCUGAUAUGUCCUUUUCACUUUCCUUUUCCACUGAUGUAACUGACAUGUCUGCAUAGAAAGUUACUGCUGGUCCUUUAAGACCUAUUGGGCCCUCCGUUUUGCCUAACUAUUUAUAAAGCCCAGUAUAUUUAAAACCACAUAAGCUAGCUCAAUAAUUCUUUUUUGCAUAUGAAACCGGAGGGGUUGUACUUACAUCUUAUGGACAAAGUUUCCAUAUGGCAUCUUAUGCCAUAUGUGGAAGGAAAUCGAAACCUUUGAGGUUACGGUUUCCUUCCAGGUGUUGUUUGCUUUUUCUUGUAUGGUUUUUUCUUUACAUGUGCAGCAGUUGGUGAUCCGUUGUGCUUUCCUACUUCAGCUCUGUCUGUUUAUUCUUUUCUUUUUUCUUUCGCUUUUUUUCUGACUGUCAGCUUUGAGGUUGUCAUCUUACACAUGCACUGUAAUAAUGUAAAUAAUGGAUUUGAACUGAUUAAAUGUCCUGCAUGUGAAAACAGAAGGUUUCCUCAAACUAGCACUGACAUUGUGUGUGUGUGUGUCUGUGUGUGUGUGUGUGUGUGUGUUGCUGCCAAGUCAGUCAUUAAAAGCUAAUGAGAGUCUGAUUAAAUGUGCUGGUUUCAAGAUUUACAUGAAUGUUUUGCACAUAUUUGCUUUUGUUUCUCCCCUCUCCUCCAGACUGCAUUUGACCUCAAACAAACACUCGUUACACACAACUGUUUCCAGUUGACCUGGCCUUCUUUUCCACUGACAUCUUCUUCUGAGUUGUAGGUGCUGAAUCGUCUCCACACGCUCUUUUAUCUUAAUUUCUGCUGCAACAUUUAGAUAGUAGGAUCAAAAUGAAAGCAUGAAUCCAUCCUGCUUUCCACCAACAGUUUAGCCUGUGGUGUGACGUGUGGAGGAUUUCCUUGACACACAAACUGAGUAUUAUUUAAACAUCACAGCCUGGAGCUUUAUGACUGCUGUGUACCUUCUGAUGGCUGCUUCCAGCAGGUUAACACACUAAGUAUUUCAAACUGGUUUCUUUAACAUGAUAAUGAGUUCACUGCACUCAAAUAGCCCACACUCCACAGUCA